ACUAUGCCUGCAUCAGCAACAGACGUGAAUAAGCACCUUGAGACGCUAGGUCUCAAGCCGGAAGAUCUCAAUGGAGAUGCCGUUAGGGUGGCCUAUAAGAAACUCGCCCUCAGGUGGCAUCCGGAUCGUCACAACGCCGAUCCAGAGGAGGCGAAGGAGAAGUUCAUUGAGGUCAACGAUGCCUAUAAAGCUCUUGUAGAAGAGUGCAAAAAGCGUGACAAGCGUAAGAAGUCGCACAAGGAAGAGGACGGCGCAUCCACUUGGCGGCCAUUCUGGGCGGGGUCGGCACCUAGCGCGUCAUCGUCGUCGUCCAGCUCCUCAUCAAACGCUUCGUCAUCGCGCGGCUCCCGUGCAAGCGAUUCCUCAGCGAAGCACACGGAGAUGCCCCCCGCAAAGCCUAAAGAGACGCAUGCCGCGAAACCUGGGGAAGCACGAUCUAACCACUCAUCUGAUUCGUACUCCGCGAAACCCUCUCAUACCCAUGCCGACAAACAUACGGAUGCCACCCACAAGCAUGAAGCGCGUCCCAGCACCAGGUCGCGACAGUCUGGUGACCGCGAUACGUCACACUCUUCUCCCAAAGCGGAGCGUUCUCAAACCAAAUCGUCCCACGCACCCUCUGCUGCGCCCAAAUCUCCACGCCCAUUCAAGACAGUUCAUCUGGACGAUAGCGAUAAUGAUUCCUCGUUGGAGGACGGUUCGCUUCCGGCUAACAAGCACCGGCACUACCACCGUGGAAAGGGGAAGAAGCCUUCGCUAGGAGAGGACGACUAUGAGUUCAUCGACCUCGGAGCGCCGCUGAAGCCUAUCCGGUCCCCCAAGGCAGUCUCAAAUCCCGCAAAAGAUUGGAUAUUCCCCCUUCACCUCUCGCUUGAAGAUCUUUAUUUCGGCGCGACGCACCGAUAUCGCAUCACGCGCAACCUGCGCUCUUCCCCCGCGGACACAUGCUCAGGGAAGUCCACCAGCAGAUCCCAGACAGUCCAGAUCGACUUGCAGGUCUCGCCCGGCUGGCGCACGGGCACACGCAUUCGUGUACAGGGCGUUGGGAAUCAGCGGAGAGAUGGCUCGUUCCAGGACAUCGUCUUCGUCAUCGCUGAAGCACCUCAUGCGCGGUUUACGCGGGACGGGGAUCAUCUCGUCUUGCCUGUCCGCAUUCCCUGGGUAGACGCGCACUCGAGACCGUGUCAGCCCGGCGACGCCGAUGAUGACGAUAGUCUGCUCGGGCCAGCGGACGGACCUGGUGGCCACAAGUUCGGUUUGGGGAAAUUCAGACACCACGGCCAUGGUCACGCGCACGAUCAGGCGGUGGCGGACGAGGUGUAUGUGAUGGGCUUGGACGGGAAGGAGUACACGCUCCCGAUUCCACAGACAUUGGUCGAGGCUGCGAAAGGGACGCGGAUAUUCGGUGCGGGGAUGCCUAUUCGCAAGGACGGCAAGGUUAUCGGGAAGGGUGACCUGGUCAUCCGGUGGGAGUUCGUCUUCCCGGAGUCCGACACAACACAACGGUCACGAUGGCAGACCCUUAAGGACGCGAUGCACCUCCGCUUCCAAGUAUGACGCAACACCACUUCCCCGCCUCCGUGCUCUCCGAGCGCGGGGUUCUGGCCCGCAUCGUGGCUCGGUUACGUCUACGAUGGGGUGCCGCGUACCCCGGAACCCCAGACACAUCUCGCGGGCUAUGCAAUCCCCUAUAUAGGGUCAACACGUUCUAGGUACCCUUCUUGGCGAUGUGGGUCAUUCUCGCCGUCAACGACUCGAUUCGCAUCCGACUUUCCGUGUUCCGGACACGAUCGAACAAAAAGGACGACAAGUAUGCGUAUGAGCGUAUGAUCAUCUGACAUCCUGAUAUGGAUGGCUGGACGGACAUGCACUGCUCCC